AUGUCUAAAUUGAGCACCUUUGGUGUUAAUGUGGGAUCUGUUCCUUACCCUACACCAGUGCGAGAAGGAUACCCAGAGGACAUUCAGACAUCAAUUAUCGAUCAGUGGGGUUCAGAACGCUCCAAUUACAGAAUGGAAGGUGGAUGUCCUUCCGCACCUUGCAAUUCUUGGUGGCAGUAUCUCUGGCUUUCCGUCGUUAGGGCUGGACAUCGAAUCAGGUGGGUCUUCUCCAUUUCAGCUGGACAUCGAAUCAGGUGGGUCUUCUCCAUUUCCUCCUCUGGUGAACACCGAAUCAGCUGGACACCGAAUCAGGUGUCUCCAUUUCCUCAGCUAGACACCGAAUCAGGUGGGUCUUCUCCAUUUCCUCCUUUGAACACCGAAUCAGAGCUGGACACCAAAUCAGGUGGGUCUUCUCCAUUUCCUCCUGUAGGUUACAUUAAUCAGAUCUUCUCCAUUUCCUCAUGACUGGACACCGAAUCAGGUGCCCUAUCGUUGUCUUUAGGGCUGGACACCGAAUCAGGGGGGGAUUCUAUCUUAAUACGACUUUUCUUUGCCCUUCUUACCACAGAUGGUAUGGUCAAAGGUGUCUCUCAUUGGUUGCUCUUUGAAAAACUGUGGAAACAUUACAAAAAUGGUCUGUGUCUACAACUCAAGGUAAGCAAGUGCACCUUAGAGGUCACGAGAUUAGGGGACAUCGAUGGAAAUCCAUUGGAUUUUGUGACAAAAAAUCCUGAGUGCAAAGUUUUGCCUUUUAGAGCCGAUCCAGAUACGGAUCAUCCCUUUAAAACUGGUAGCAGUUGUUCUGCCUGUCCUGAAGGAUUCAGGCGGUGUGAAAGCGGAAUGUGUGCACCUGAAAGUCAACACCCAGUGGAACCGGAAUUUCAGCUUGACGUCUUCGAAAACGAAGCAAACAAUGAUGAAAAUGAAGGGCCUAAAGAAGCGGCGCAGAACAUGGACAAGAAUAGUGUUAAUAAUCCUUAUGCACCAGCAAGCGGUCCUGAUGGACAAAUUUUGGACAACAGUAACACGGACGGUGCAAGUAAACUACGUGUUCUCUUU